CCGCACCACAAGGGCAGGAGAGGCGAAGCGGAAACUUGCUCCAAGACCCUAUAGCUCCUACCAACUCCACAUGCCAGCAUUAUGUCUGCAARACUUGUAAAGGCAAGAAGAUGAUGAUGAAACCAUCAUGCAGCUGGUGCAAAGACUACGAACAGUUUGAGGAGAAUAAGCAGCUGAGCAUUCUAGUGAACUGCUAUAAGAAACUCUGCGAAUACAUAACACAAACUCCACUGGCCCGAGACAUCAUCCAGGCAGUCGAUUGCUCCGCAGAUCUUUUGGCUUUGCUCAAAGAUGGGUCACCACUCCACGAAGAGCCAGAGAAACCUUCUGACGCAGCCCUGGCUUUGUGUUUGACACAUUCCCCAGUACCUUCGACCUCAGAGCUCACGAGCGAUCCUGCAGCGAGUUUCUCAUCCGUACCUGAAAGCUCCCACAACCUCGACAUCCGAAGUUCUGUUAUCAACGGGUUGCCCAGUUGUAAUGGGCUUUCAGUAGAUAAACUCGGAGUGAAUAUCCCUUCUCCUGAACACACAAACACAAUUGAUGUGUGCACUACUGGAGAGUAUAUAAAAACUGAAGAUAUGUCUAGUAGUCUGCAGCCCGUGUGUGAUACAGUUUCUACUAGUGACUUGUGUCCAACAGGCAUCGACAUCUGCAGCUUCAGUGAAGAUAUCAAACCAGGCGGAUCACUGCUUCUCAGCGUCGAGGAGGUUCUGCGCAGCUUAGAACCACAAGCUUCAGUAUUUGAAACCGUUUCGAAUUUGCAGCCCAGCUUGGAAGCCAACAUGACUAAUGGCCCUUUUCUGCAACUUUCUCCCCCACCUCUUAGUCAUAACAUUUUCGUGUCCACAGAUGCAUCUUCUCACGGGAUCUCGUGUACAGCAGCAACGCCCAAGGUAGUUAAGUUAAACAGAAAGCGAUCUCGGUCCGAAAGUGACAGCGAAAAGGUGCAACCUCUGCCCAUUUCCAGCAUCAUCUGUGGCCCAAUGCUGGGAGCAUCGGCUCCUGUGACGGUGAAGCAGGAGAGCAAAAUGUCUUUGCAGCCUAUCGCAACUGUACCUAACGGAGGCAGUACUCCCAAAGUCAGUAAAACUGUGCUGCUGUCCAACAAAAGCAUGAAAAAGAAUUUAGAACAUGCCCCUAAGAAAUCCCACCCCAAAGCCAAACCGGGAGUGCUGAAAACAAAAGACAAAGCAAAGGAAAAGGUUCCUAGCAGUAACGUUAUGCCAGGGAGCCCAACGAAAACUGUGUAUAAAAAGCCCCAAGAAAAGAAAGGGUGUAAAUGUGGUCGUGCCACCCAAAAUCCAAGUGUUCUUACAUGCCGUGGCCAACGCUGCCCUUGCUACUCGAACCGCAAAGCCUGCCUUGACUGCAUAUGCCGUGGCUGCCAAAACUCCUAUAUGGCUAAUGGAGAGAAGAAGCUAGAGGCAUUUGCAGUGCCAGAAAAGGCCUUGGAGCAGACUCGGCUGACGUUGGGCAUUAAUGUGACAAGCAUUGCUGUGCGCAAUGCCAGCACAAGCACCAGUGUAAUCAAUGUGACAGGGUCACCAGUAACGACGUUUUUAGCUGCCAGUACACACGAUGAUAAAAGUUUGGAUGAAGCUAUAGACAUGCGAUAUGACUGUUGAAUCUUUCUCCCUUUUCCCUACCGUUAGUAGGGGAACUGCUACAGUUUUAAGGCAGCUAUGGUUCUGUUUAACUUGCUGGAGCUCCUGCGUUUAGAUCACUUGUAUCAAGUGUUUUUCAUUGCUAUGUUAUGUGUAUUAGUGUCUGGGAAAUAGUUGCAGAUAAUGGAGGAGUUACCCUAAAACUGUUUUUAGUUCUUACAGCACCUCAUAGUUUGAGAUCAAUUGCUGAUGUAAAUGAUUUUUAUCACAAGAUCUUUGGCAAGGAAUAUAUUAACCUCAUUGUAUUCGUUCAUGCUUUGUGCUCAGUCAAAGCCUCUGCUGAAAUGGAGAGAACUGGUACCUAGUUAGUCCUUCUCGGUUUUUCUAGAUGACAAUGUAGAAAAGCGAUGUUCAGUUAGCUGCAGUCACUAUUGCUAGAAAAUCACCCAAUAUUCCUGAAGAAAAUGUAGCCUUGAGCUGGGGAACGCAGUCUUGGAAUAGCAGAUAAUUUCUCAUUGUGGGAAUUGGUCACCUACUGUAUCGAACAGUUUAAAAACAAUAAACAGUAACACCUUGAGGAAGGUAGUAGCCCCAAAGCAGCUUCCCAAGUCGCCAAGCAAAGGUCAGGGCAUUUGCUGACCCGGUCGGCUGUCAGGCCACCCCCGCUGUUAUCACCAUUGCUUGCUUCUGUUUUCUUGACAAUCGUGCAGGUCGCGUUCCUGAUCCCUCGSGUUCUCGGCACCACCUCCGCUGGUGUGACGUGUUACUGCCCCACGUGGCAUGGGGAGCAAAAAACGCCUGUGCCUAAAAGAAGGCUUCGAUUUUYGUAAUGCCCUCUUUGGUCUUUGGGGGCCCCGCGGACUUUAUCACUGUUGUGGCUGGAGAGGAAAGCUGAUCAGAAGGCUGCGAAGGAGACCCCCAGGGGCUGAGGACUGCAGCUCUGCUGCAGAUGGUACCUUCAAUUUGUAGAGGCUUCCAAGGCACUUACCACACUGUGUUUUUCUGUCUUCUUUCACUUUUCUUAAGUUUGUACCACAAUACACAARGGCAUUUCACUGCUAACAGGCCUUUUUUUCAGGUUGAACUUUCAGAAAAUUGAUGGCUUUCGACUAAGGUCAAAUAUUUUGGAUGCUUAUUAGAGAAAAGAAGCUGUAUCAUUCACUCCACCCCAAAUCCUUCUGAUUUUUCUGUAAUAUGUCCAAAGUUGUUUUUGCAGGUAGAUGUCACCUGGGCUGAAAGGCCCCAGAUGGCAGAAACAGCACAAGUUGUCCAGGAGCUCCUCUCAAGAAGUGCUAAAAAAGGCGGCUCCUUGGUAGGGAUUCAACUUCAUGUAAAAAUGGGUUAUUUCUGGGAAAUCCCUCCACGUGAGCACAAGCAGGAGGGUUUAGACUUGAGUCCAAAGGCGUCAUGGGCAUCCUGGCAAAGUCGGGWUGCUUCAUGAAGGCAGAAAUGUGUCCCCUUUGAUACAGCAUAAAUAAAAUGUGGGCUGACUAGAA